UUUCGGUACAACAGCGAAGGAGUGAACACUACCUGAGUAUUGUUGUGCAAAUCUUUAGGCAUCGGCCCUAAUUUUUAUUGUUUUCUGUUAUUUGGUGAGUCCAUUUAACGCAUCCAGUUAUAUAUCAGUUUUUGUGGCUGGUAGUUUCCUCCUCUUGGCCCUCUAACCUCAACCAUGGGGGACUCUUCGGGGGGCGAGGGCCCCCCGACGGUUAGUGCAGCACAAGAAAAUGACAGUUUAUCCAAUGAUUCUCAAAAUCGUCCGUUGAACGCCAUUAUUUGUAACAUUUUGCCACCGGAUUGCAAAAAAACUGCUGAAGAUAUUUCCAGGCUCCAGUAUUUUGAUGUGCCCUCAGGUGAAGAGUUGUCAAAGUUAUCGGCAGAGAUCCAGAUUAUCAAGAAUCAGUUCGAGCAAGACGAUGAAAUCCUGCGGGAAGUUGCCAAAAUCUCCGCAAACAUAAGAAGGACAGUAAAUCGGAAAACAAAAUAUGAAAUCACCGACCAGGGGCCUUUUAUGGUGAUUCUGGAGGGGAUUACAAGUAAGGUGGGGACUCUUCAUCCUAUGAACUUUGGGAAGUUACUUCAAGCGCAGAAAGUUCAAGGUAUAUUGAAAAUUUCUAGAAAAGGAGCCAAUAAAAUCGGUUUGGAGUUUAACACCUCUGAGUCUGCAAAUAAAUUUUUAUCUAAUGAAACAUAUUCGACAGCUGGUGGGUAUAAUAAGUAUAUACCUCAAAGACUAGUCACUUGCCGAGGGUUGGUGAGGGACAUUGGUGACUUAAUUGAUGAGGAUGAUUUUUACUCUGAGGCAGAAGCCAAGGUUAACAUCGGAAGAUCGCUAAAGCGCGUUAAGAUUGUUAAUGUUCGCAGACUAACUAAAAGGGUCAAAUGCCCAGGUGUUCUGCCUGGCACUUUUGGUUUCAAGACAGUUCCAUCUAAUGAUUAUAUAAUAACAUUUGACGGAAAAACUCUUCCAGAAUCAAUCAGUAUCUAUAAAAAUGAGUGUUCAAUCGAAAAAUAUGUUAGUCCUGUUGUCUUAUGUAUGAAUUGUUGCAGGUUUGGUCAUUGGAAAAACCAAUGUAAAAGCAAGGGUAGAUGUAGUUUCUGCGCUGGAGAUCAUCCAGUAUUUCAUUGUGAACUGAAAGAACAGUUUUAUAAGAAGAAACCAUGCCCGACAGACCACUUAAAUCAUGAAGGUAAAUGCAGCCUGGAUAAUUGCGAAAUAUCUCCAAAGCCAACUUGCAUCCAUUGUAAAGGCUCUCAUCAGGCCACUGAUAGAUCAUGUCCGGAAAUGGACAGACAGAAGAAAAUCAAUGAGGCUAUGGCAUGGUACAACUUGUCCUUUUUUGAAGCGGCCAAACUCUUUCCAAGAGGCCCCAAAUCAAGUGAGUUUAAUCGCUCUAAUGAAAAUUUCCCUCCUAUUCGUAACACGGUUGCCCCCGUCUCUCAGCCUUCCCCUAGAUCUGCUUCUAAAACUUAUUCUGUCAUAGCAAAAAAGCGUAAGUCCCCCCAAAUAGAAUCAGGGUAUGAUAGGGACGCCCACAGGGAUUGUCUCGUGCCGCCGUUGACUAGGCAGAAGUUGAAUCACACUAGCAAAAGUCAAUCUUCUCCCUCAUAUUUAAAUGAUUUAUCGUCAGAGUCCGAGAUGGACACUGCUUCUCCAGGGGUUUCCUCCUCUGGUGAAUUUUGGUAUCGGUUUGAAAAUUUAAAGAAAAAAGUCUUGUCCAAUAUACCCAGUAAAAGUGCUUACCAUGAAAUUGAGAGUCUUUUUGACUCCCUGCCUCCUCCCGGAGGAUGCAGGUUUUAAUUUAUUAAUGUUCCCAGAUCGACAGUCAAAUCUUUUUGUUAAAAUUAGUAAUUUCUCAAUUAUUCAUUGGAACACUUGCGGUAUUAGAAGUAAUUGUGAUAGUAUUAUUAGUCUUAUUCGUGACUUUGGUCCGGAUAUAGUCAUGAUUAAUGGAUCUUUUUUUCUCCCAUGGGAAGAGACAUUUAUAUUUACCGAUGCCUCUAAGGGACCAGAUGAUAGAGUUGGCUUUGGAGUAUUUAUUCCGUUUCUCAAUGUUAGGGUCGGGCAUGGGUUGAAUAGCGCGUUUUGUAUUUGCUCUGCAGAAAUGGUAGCUAUUAGUUACGCCCUAGAUCUUAUAUUAGAUUAUAAUAUUAAACAGGCAGUAGUUGUCUCCGAUUCCAAAAGUGCCCUGCAGAGCUUCGGAUGCAGUGCGGUUGAAGCUUCCAACAGCUACAUUCUACUAGAUAUUAAAGCAAAGAUUGAUAUUUUAAAGCGCAGACUUGGGGGGAAAAUCCGAAAAAUCGACAUUUAGAACUUCUGAGAUUAGUCUCCUUCGCUGGAGAAGAUCCGAAAAUCCUCGACAUUUGGAACUUUAAAGUUUAGUCUCCUUCGCUGGAGAAGAUCUGACAAUCCUCGACAUUUGGAACUUCAAAAAUCAGUCUUCUUCGCCAGAGAAGAUACGAAAAUCCUUGACAUUUAGAACUUCAAAAUUCUGUCUCCUUCCUGGAGAAGAUCCGAGAAUCCUCGACGGAAAUCGGCAAUGGGCGAAUGAUCCUGGUAGUCGUGCCCAACAGUUAUCUGUGAAACGCAUCAUUGAAUUGAAUUGAAGUGACGUGAAAAAGAAAGGAAGAAUAAUCCAUGAGCGUAACCUCAGUUCAAGUUCUGCCGCUUGUCUUAACAAUAAAAAUGAACAGAAAAUCUAGCCAAACUUGUGUAACAUUUAGCAAAAUAACAUUGUGUACGUAGAAUACGCAUAGAAUUUAUAUAAUGGAUGCUGUUUAUGUAGUAGUAGGUGGAGGCAUUGCAGGAAUUUCGUGCGUUGAAACGUUGGUGUUUUUCGAUAGCCAAGGCAGAAUAAUUUUAAUCAGUGAAUCAGGUUUGAUCAAAACUGUAACUAAUUUGCAGGCUAUUACUAAAAAUAUAUUGAACUUCGAUGUAGAAGAAAAGCCUGGUAGUUUUCUCAGUGAAAGAUUUCAGAACGUUUCCAUAGUGUACGAUAGUUUGUACGAAAUUAAUGACGAGGAAUGUUUUGUAAAAACAAAAAGCGGAAAGAUAAUUCAUUAUCAGUAUUUAUGCUUGUGUAUGGGUGCUGAACCUAAACUAAUACAUCAAUGGGAUAAAUUUCCAAAACAAAUAAUAGGCAUAAGAGAUACUGAUUCCGUAGAAUAUUUAAUUCAUAAGUUAAAGGAGAGUAAAAAAAUUAUGAUUGUUGGAAAUGGAGGCAUUGCGUCUGAAUUGGUUUAUAAAAUUAGAAACACCGAGAUUCAUUGGGUAAUUAAGGAAAAGCAUAUAUCUGCCACAUUUGUGGACCCGGGUGCUUCAGAGUUUUUCCAGGAUUCUCUGAAGGAAAAUGAAAAAGGAGACACCACAGUGACGGUCACAAAAAGAAUGAGAUAUGAAGAAGAUCAUUGUCAAAAAUCUGGUGCAGCUUUGGGUCCUGAUUGGUAUAAAGGAUUGAUAAUUCAAGGGGCAGACAAAGAUGCAAAGCCCCAACUUACCAUCCAUUAUGGGAGUGAAAUAAGUUCAGUUAACACAAGCCCACAUUCUGAGCGUUCAUUAGAAGUUACUCUUAAUAAUGGAAAUAAAGUUACAUGUGAUCUAAUAGUUUCGGCAACCGGUGUGAGAGCGAGAACAAAUUUCAUUUCAAAAUCCGAAUUAAAGAGGGAUGAAGACUAUGGAAUAUUAGUAAACGAAAACAUGGAAACAAAUUUGAGCAACAUUUACGCAGCUGGCGACAUCUGUCAUGCCAAUUGGAGUCCUGCGAAGCAUUGGUUUCAAAUGAAAUUAUGGACGCAGGCCAGACAGAUGGGUUGCUAUGCCGCCAAAUGCAUGUACGGUAAACACAUGGAUGAAGAAGUGUUACAAGAUUUUUGUUUUGAAAUAUUCACCCAUUCGACGAAACUUUUCGGCUAUAAAGUCAUCCUACUAGGUCUUUUCAAUGGUCAAAAGUUGGGGACCGAUUAUGAAAUUUUGUUGCGAACGACGAAAGCUACGGAAUAUGUAAAAUUUGUAUUAGAAAAUCACAAGUUGCAAGGUGCCGUACUGAUAGGCGAUACAGAUUUGGAAGAAACAUGUGAAAAUCUGAUAUUGAAUCAAAUCGAUUUGGAACCUUAUGGAGAUGAUAUUCUCAAUCCCAAUAUUGAUAUAGAGGAUUAUUUCGAUUAACCUGUUUUGGCAAAUAAAUUAAAAAGUUUGUUACCUAUCUUCUAGUUUUUGUGAUUAGGUGAAACUUUUUGAGCAAUAUUUAGAAAAGACCAAAGUGUCAGACAACUGACGUAUAUAUGUCCCAAAGUAUGAAGUUUUGGUUAGUUUAAGGCGUUUCAAAAAUAUACACUAAUCAUCAAUAAUUGCUUAAAUAAGUAGAUUUUUAGUCAAAUUCUAAUUCUGUUUGUUAUUUUGUAUGCAGAUGUACCAAUCCAUAACCAUAAGGAAAAAUCAAAAUAAAACUCUGUCUUCUUCACCAACUUGUAACAGGAUAUAUAUUACGAAACCAUUUUUAAUUGAGACACGAAGUUGUGAAAUUUUUUUUAUCGAGACACGAAGUUGUGAAAAAUCAUCCCUGGCAACACUUGUGCAUAAAGUUUAAAAGGAGGAACCUCAGAUAUUUAACAAAGAGAAUAUGGGCAAACACAUUUUAAAAUUGAAAUUGUAUACAAAAAAAUUUAAUUAAAAUUAGAAGUUUUUUUCCUUCCAGGUAUAUGAAAGAGAAUCCUCAAUCCCGCAAUGUUAACUCUGUAUUCAAUUUUGAAAGCAUGUCCACUAUAUUAUUAAUCACAGCUAAAGUAUAAAGUGUUUUUUUUAUUUAAUAGCAUAGGGAUUUAAUACUUUCCAAAGUUUUAUCUGGAUACAAAAUAAGUAUAGUUUUGUAACUAAUAUUUUUGAAUUUCAGUUUCCAUACUUACUGACUUUGGUGCUUCUUGUAGUGGGCCGCUAUGAGUUUGCGUUAUUCACUAGGCUUAUUACUUUCAUUCAAUAAUUCACCCUUAACAACAUCGAUGAUAUUGCCGUUUCGAGGAAAACGAAAAGUCGUCAUGGAUAUUCGAUGGAGCUCUUAAAUUGCCAGUCCCCACAUUCCUUUUUAGCUAAAUAUUUCGGCCAUUUUGGACUACAAAAUUGUCAAAAUCCGAUACGGCCCAUGGAAAACUGCA